AUGCAAUGCAAAGCAAUAACAAGUAUGAUUGAAAUCAUCUGUAACGAUCGUUUGGGUAAAAAAGUACGUGUCAAAUGCAAUCCAGAUGACACAGUCGGGGACCUGAAAAAACUGAUCGCUGCUCAAACUGGCACAAAGGCUGAAAAGAUCGUUCUUAAAAAGUGGUACAAUAUCUUCAAAGACAAUGUUACACUUGCAGAUUAUGAAAUUCAUGAUGGCAUGAGCAUUGAACUUUAUUAUCAAUGA